AUGGACGUUUACGUGGCCGGAGCGGUGGCCGCCUUUACCGUCGAUGUAAUCGUGUACCCGUUGGACACGCUCAAGACGCGGUACCAGAGCCAGGACUAUAUCAAGAUGUAUAGCUCGGGGUCGAGACACAAGCCUCUAGCCAUUGGCGGGCUGUACCAGGGUCUCGGCAUCGUUGUUUUGGCCACGCUUCCUGCUGCUGGCUUGUUCUUCUCAACCUACGAGAAGGCGAAGCACGCCUUUGCGAGGAGAUUGCCCCUCCCCGAGGCGCUCGUGCACGCGUGCGCGUCAGGCUUGGCGGAAAUGGCAUCAUGCCUGGUCCUGGCGCCGGCCGAGGUCGUCAAGCAGAACGCGCAGAUGCUGCGUCGAGGGCAAGCAGCCACAACAGGCGCCGCCACUUACGAGUCGAGCUCGCUGCAGGCCUUUCGGCGGUUGGCGGGCCCCGGCGCUGCGGGCCGCCUCUUCACUGGUUACACGGCGCUGGUCGCACGUAACCUGCCCUUCACCGGCUUGCAGUUCCCCGUCUUUGAGCACCUCCGAUCUCGGCUGUGGGAGUUGACAAGGAGGGGGCGUCGAGACCAGCCUGACGGGCUUGUCGAGACGGGCCUCAUCGCCGGAGGCAGUGCCGGGGCGGCGGGCGCCGUGGCGGCGUUCUUGACCACGCCCAGCGACGUGGUCAAGACUCGGAUGAUGGUGACGGCCGGGAGUGAUAGAGGCAGUGGCUCGGCGCCACGGUCCAAGCAAGGGUCGUGGGCCGUGGCCAAGCAGAUAUACUGCGAGCGAGGCAUCAAGGGUUUCUUGAGAGGCGCUUCCUUCCGUUCAGGAUGGACCGCGAUUGGUAGCUCGCUGUACCUCGGGUCAUAUGACACGGCGAAGCUGUGGCUCAGGAGGAGAAAGCCCGAGCUGGACGAUUCUGCAGGCCUCUGA